UCUCAAGUGGAUAAGCAGUUGUCAGGUGACAGCAACUAUGUCUGCAUUACAUCCGAUGCAUGGUCAAAUAUAUCCAAUGAACCAGUCGUCAAUUAUAUGGCUGUGUCUCCUAACAACUCCUUGUUUUUGGAAGCAGUUAACACUGAGGAGCAGGGACACGACGCCGACUGGCUUUCCAAAGAUUUAAUUCGAGUGAUAGACAGUCUGCAUAACAAUGUUGUUGGUGCUGUCACAGACAACACUGCGACAAACAAGAAGGUGUGGUGUGAGUUGGAACAGAAAUACCCUUCACUGUUCUUUCAUGGAUGUGCUUCACAUGGCCUUAAUCUCUUAGUGAAAGAUAUUUUUGCCGGUAAGAAGGCAGAAUUAUCUGGUGGUGGUCCUGAUCAUGAUCCAGCAAGUUACCCGUUUGAAGACUUACAGCUCUUCUUUAUCGAUUGCAAAGAUAUCGUCACAUUUUUUCACAACCACCAUGCUCCUAAAGCCAAGCUGAAGAAAGCCCUUGCUACGGCAAAGUUGAGGGCCCUGGUCCAACCAGCACCAACACGUUGGGGUACCUUAAUUGGGUGCUUUAAAUCUCUGCGAGCUGCAGACAGCAUCCUGAAUGGUCUUGUGUCUGAGCGAGAUUUCGUUACUGCCGGCGGUGCCAAACAGAAGGAAAAACGGCUAGCAAUCCGAGCAGUCAUAAUGGAUCCUGAUUUUGUUAAGAAGCUUGAUGAAUGUAUUCGUAUCUUGGAGCCCAUUGAGAUGUAUAUUAAAUUGUUUCAAGGUGAUGCAGUCCCGUGCUCUGAUGUAUACAAAGCUUUUCUGGUCUUGGAAGAAAAGAUGCGCAACAUGAGUAAUAUUAGUUCGGAGAAGAAAGAAUACCUCGCUAAGCUGGUGCGUAGCAGGUUCAACUUCAUGUACGGGGAUGCACAUGGUGUAUGCUACCUGUUAGACCCUCGUUACUUGGGCGAUGAUAUGACACGGAGAUUGCGCAAUGAGAUAGAAGAUUUCAUCUACAACUUUCUAAAGAAUGACGGGACAACCAACAAGGAAAGACAGGAGCAACUGGCCCGGGAAUAUACAGCUUUCCGAAUUGAGGCACUGAGAGAACGACGGGAGAACACGUUCCGCUUCAGACUCAUUGGCCAAUCUAAAUCAGUUCUUCAGUGGUGGAAGGCUGAUGGCACUGAUUGGCCAUUAUUGCAAGAUUUGGCCACACAUGUAUUUUCCAUGGCAGCAUCAAGUGCUGCAAGCGAACGUAGCUUUUCCACCUUUGGUUUCAUUCAUACCAAACUACGCAACCGUUUGGGCCCAGAAAAAGUUAAGAAACUAGUUUACAUCAAGACAAACACUGCACAAAUCAGUGGUACCGACUUAUUUGACUAUGACAGUGACUGUAGCAUCGAUUUCAGUAUGGAUGUUUCCAUUCUCGAAGAUGUAACAGCAUAA